UGUGGGUGGGUGUGUGUGUGUGUGAGGGAGAUCUAUAAAAGCCUGUAAUCUUAGAGGCAUCUAAAAAGCCUUCAUCACACAUUCAGAGAACAUGAAGAUGAGUCGCGUGUUUCUGGUCCUGGGCUUCAUCAUGAUCAUGGCGCUCUACACAGAGGCUAAGCCUAUUGCCUCUGAGAUCUGCUGUUUCAACUUCUUCACUGGCAAGAUUCCUGUCCAAAACAUUCUGGAUGUUAAAAAGACAGGAUCACACUGUCCACAGCAAGGCUUCAUUGUUACUACUCCUAAAAUCUCUGGUCUCUGUGUUCGUGAAAUCAGCAUCAAUGGACAAUAUGAAUCUUAAUAUUGCAACUGAGAUGCAACACACACACACACACACACACCUGCUUCAUAAAGUUUAAGCUUUAGCCAUUUAAUCAGCAUUUAUUAUGAGGAUUAUUGAUCUUAUUGUUGCUUAAUGCAGUGCAGAUUAAAAUAAAGUUAUCAUUUGCA